GCACUGCCUCACUUGCCUACCCUGACUCGUGUUUCGUAUCACAAGUACCUUCCAGGACCAUUCAUUGCUGCGACCCCCGCGUCCGACCGAAGGUGUCAACAGUUGACUCGCCACUAGAGGAGAGUUGAGGCACCCCAAGAGUGAAGCGGCCCCUCCUCCUCGCCAUCCUCCGGCGUCCGCUGCUCGGCUCUCAGCUGCUCGUUGCUCAUACAAGCGGACUUCUCCUCUAUCUUGCUGGUCGAGCUUCACGCGUGGUGCGCGGUGCUGCGAGCAUCUCCCGCCCGGGGACCUUGUUGCUUGGAUGCUUCGAAAUGGACUGAAGGGUCAACUGGCAAGCCAAUUGCGGAUACUCGACGUGAGAAGACUACUUUUCUACCCUCCAACCUCUUGUUGCGAGGCACCUUUUUGAGGGGUCCACUCGCCACCAUGGACGAGGAAGACGGGCAUCAGGUCCACGCCGUCAAGGAGUCGGACCGACAACAACGACUCAGGUUGUGCGUUCUCAACGAAACGUUGAACACAGAGCGGGAUUAUGUGCGGACUUUGCUCUUCCUCCAGUCGGCAUUUUUGCACAGAAUCAGACAAACUGCAGACGACCAACAAUGUCUCUCACCUGAACACGUCAAGAUUCUGUUUUCCAACAUUGAGGACAUCCUGGAAUUGCACAAAGAGGUGUUGUCCUCUGUGGAGGCCAUCCUGCAGCCAGAACCCCAGCCCCAUCAUGCACUGGGACACGUGUUUCUCCAGUUUAGGGAGAGAUUCUCCGUGUAUGGCGAGUACUGUAGCAACCAUGAGAAGGCUUUGCGGCUCCUCAUGGAGCUAAACAAGAUACCCCACAUUAGGACCUUCCUCCUGCACUGUAUGCUACUGGGAGGGAAAAAGAGCACAGAUAUUCCAUUGGAGGGCUAUCUUCUCACUCCCAUUCAGAGGAUCUGCAAGUAUCCGCUGCUACUGAAGGAGUUACUGAAGCGGACCCCGAAGAAGCAUGCUGACUAUCCUGCUGUAGAGGAGGCUCUGCAGGCCAUGAAGGCUGUCUGCUCCAACAUCAAUGAGACGAAGCGGCAGAUGGAGAAACUGGAGGCCCUGGAACAGCUGCAGUCUCACAUUGAAGGCUGGGAGGGCACUAACUUGACGGAUAUCUGCACAGAAUUACUGCUUCAUGGAAAUCUCCUGAAGAUCUCAGCGGGCAAUAUUCAAGAGCGAGUCUUCUUCCUGUUUGAUAAUCUUUUGGUCUACUGUAAGAGGAAGUCCAGGGUUUCUGGAAAAAAGUCCACCAAGAGGACCAAGUCUAUCAACGGUCCCCUCUAUGUGUUCAGGGGCAGAAUCAACACGGAGGUGAUGGAGGUGGAAAACGUGGAAGAUGGAACAGCGGAUUAUCACAGCAACAACUACACAGUGACCAAUGGUUGGAAAAUCCACAACACAGCGAAAAACAAGUGGUUCGUCUGCAUGGCCAAAACAGCGGAGGACAAGCAGAAGUGGCUGGAUGCCAUCUUGAGGGAGCGAGAGCAGAGAGAGAGUCUCAAACUUGGAAUGGAACGGGAUGCCUACGUGAUGAUAGCUGAGAAAGGAGAGAAGCUCUAUCACAUGAUGAUGACCAAAAGCCGCCACCUCAUUAAGGACAGACGUAGGAAGCUCAGCAUUGUGCCCAAGUGCUUCAUGGGAAACGAGUUUGUAUCGUGGCUUAUCGAGAGCGGAGAGAUCAGUAAACCUGAUGAAGGGGUCAACUUAGGACAAGCCUUGUUGGAAAAUGGCAUCAUUCACCACGUAUCAGACAAGCAUCAAUUCAAAAAUGAGCAGGUUUUAUACCGUUUCCGCUACGACGACGGCACCUAUAAGGCCCGCAGCGAGAUGGAGGACAUCAUGUCGAAGGGCGUCAGGCUUUACUGCCGCCUUCACAGCCUCCACACCCCCGUCAUCAAGGACAGAGAUCAUCAUCUGAAAACGUUUAAAUCCGUGGUGCCUGCUUGCAAACUCGUGGAUUGGCUCCUCUCACAGGGAGACUGUUCGACUCGAGAGGAUGCAGUGACGCUGGGUGUGGGUCUCUGCAACAAUGGCUUCCUGCAUCACGUUUUGGAGAAGAGUGAGUUCAAAGAUGAGUCUCAGUUCUUCCGCUUUUAUGCCGACGAAGAGACGGAAGGAACCAGCUCCAAGAGCAAACAGCUCCAGCGUAAUGACUUCAAGCUCAUCGAAAACAUCUUGGUUAAAUCUCUGGUGAUUCACCCCGAGGAGGAGGAUUACGGCUUUGAGAUUGAGGAGAAAAACAAGGCCAUUGUGGUGAAGUCUGUCACCAGAGGCUCACAUGCUGAGAUGGCAGGUCUGCAGGUGGGCAGGAAGAUCCACACCAUCAACGAGGACCUGUUGUUCCUCAGGCCUUUAGUCGAAGUGGAAGCCAUGAUCAACCAGGCCUUCUGCAUACGACGCUCCUUGCGGCUGCUCGUGGCCACCAAAGCCAAGGAGAUUGUGAAGGUCCCUGACAACCCAGACAGCCUUUCCUUUCGACUAUGCGGCUCGGCACCCCCUCAUGUCUCUGCUGUCAGGAAAGGCUGGGAGGCAGCAGGGGCGGGGCUUCAACCCGGGCAGGUCAUCCUGAAGGUCAACGGCAACAACGUCAACCGCAGCGACUACCAAGAGGUUCUGGAGCAUUUCAGCGCACGACAGACAAACCUCGAGCUUCCCCAUGUGUGUCAGUGGGUGUACCGUGCUUUUGAGGAUGUGGAAGAGCUUCAAGGCCCGCAAGCUUUAGCUGAAAAGGAAGAGAGUCCGUUCAGGCCUUACCCUGUAGAAAACGGCUCUGACCACAGUGAGGAGAAUGGCACCAACGGAACAGAUUAUAGCCUGGGAAGCCUGUCCAUCUCAGAUGACACACCGCUGGUCAAUUUGACUGUGGAUAAUGUCCACCUGGAGCAUGGGGUGCUUUAUGAAUAUGUCAGCACUGCUGGGAUCAAGAGCCAUGUCCUUGAGAAGAUAAAGCAACCCAAAGGCUGCUUUAGUCUCACUGCUAAGAUCCUUGAGGCAUUCUGUCGCGAUGACAGGCUGUUUGUUAGCAAUUGCAGCCAGCUCAUCUCGCGGAGUGACAAAGUGGUCACGAUGCCCCAGUAUGAGUUCAGGCACAUCUGUGACACCAAGCUGGAGAGCAUCCGAUGGCGCAUCAACAACUACCAGCAGUUUUCCUUGGAACUUCGAAACAUGGCCUGGCCCACCUUUAGGCAAGCCAGCAUCGGAACCCACCCGCUCAGCUGCAUGGACUUUGUUCCUACCAACUUCCACGUCAACCUGAUGCAGGUUUCCUACCCCAAAAGUGUUACCUCCGCUGGCAGGACUUUUAGUAUCCGCUUUGGACGGAAGAACUCUCUGUAUGGCCUCGACCCUGAUCAAGCUCAACUGAACCCGAUGUCACACACCCAGCAUUGCGUCACAAGCAUGGGAGCGCCUUCGUGGAACUCUUCGGGCCCGGAUGGGGAGGACGGAGAGGACUCUGUGAAUGGGGGCGAAGGUUUGAUGGACAGCCGGGGUCACGGCGAAGGCGGCUUGAGCUUUUUGCUCAAGCAGGAAGACACGGAGACGCAGGACGCCUACCUUCACUUGUACAGCCGCCUGGACGUUGCUGUUCGGGAAAUGAAGCAAUAUGUGGCUCAGAUCGACGUUCUCCUGUCAUCCAUCACCGAGCCUACACAGAUCCAGACAGUUGGAGGAGAGGCUCCCGUCUAUGAUACAGCCCAGCCCCCUUCUUUGGGUGCCUCUGAGGACAACUGCGACCAGGACAAAGUGGAGCAAGGUGGCAUCAAACGGGUUUGCUUCAAGGUGAACGAGGAAGACCAGGAGGACUCAGGUCAUGACACAAUGAGCUACAGAGACUCCUACAGUGAAUGCAACAGCAACCGAGACUCUGUCCUGUCCUACACGAGUGUGAGGAGUAACAGCUCUUACCUGGGAAGUGACGAAAUGGGAUCAGGGGAUGAGUUGCCUUGUGACAUGAGGAUCCCCUCGGACAAACAGGACAAGUUGCACGGCUGUCUCGAGCACCUUUUCAACCAGGUUGACUCCAUCAACUGUCUCCUCAAAGGAAGUGUCAUGACCAAGGCCUGUGAGGAGACCAAGUACUUCUAUUCCGAUCACAGCCAACCAGAGUUUCGCCAGACGGAAGACUGGACAGUUCGUUGUCGUUAUGUCAUCCACAAGAACAUCCAGGAGGACCCUUGGAACCUUCCCAACUCGAUUAAAACUCUGGUGGAGAGCCUGCAGAGAUUUGUGGAAGAUGGAAAGAGCCAGCUUCUCCUGGCCCUGCUUAAAUGCACAGACACAGCUCUGCAGCUUCGGCGCGAUGUCAUUUUUUGCCAGGCCGCCACAGCUGCUGUGUGCACACUGGCCGAGCAGCUGCUUGCCGCAUUACGAUGCCGCUUCAACAACGCCGGCGAGUACCAGGAAGAUAGCAAGGAAACUAGCCGCAAAUGGCUGGAGCAAAUAUCUGCCAUUGGCGUGCUGGUGCACUUGCAGUCCACGUUAGCGCCCCAUGUGAAAGAAGAACGGACCAUGCUCGAAGACAUCAAGGCGGCUCUGUCAGACUUGGACAAAGUCACAGUGUUCUUCAGGCAACUGGAGGAUGAAUGUCUAGUUGCAAACUCACCAGUGUGCUACCAGGUGGAGGGUAGCCGACAGGCCUUGAAGGUGAUGCUCUACCUUGACAGCUGGCACUUCAGUGAGCUACCCAGCCGGCUGCAAAACGGAGGCCACCUCAAACUUCAUACCAUUCUCUUCACCAGAGCACUGGAGCGCCCAGAGGGGCUGUCCCAGCAGGACUACGUCGCCAUGGAGGAGUUCCAACAGCGCACAAAUGCUGUCUCCUUAGAGAAGGUCAAGGCCUACUACCGCAGACUCAGGGCCUUCUAUUUGGAGAAAUCAAAUCUCCCCACAGACUCCAACACCACAGCUAUGAAGAUUGAUCAGAUACUGGGCCGUGAAGUUAGAGAUCUUCGGCCGAGCAUUGCCAAACUCCUCCGCCCCCUCAACACGUUGGACGACCUUUGUCGGCUGAUGCAGUCGUACGUCAACGUGCGCCCCGGUACCCACGGCCACCCUUCGGGUGUCAGCGUGCUGUGCGUGUCCUCAGAGCUGUGCAAUCGCCUCGGAGCCUGUCACAUCACCAUGUGUGCCACCGGCAUGCAGAGAAGUACCUUAAGUGUGACACUGGAACAGGCAAUGAUCCUUGCCAGGAAUCACGGCCUCAUGCCGCGAUGCAUCAUGCAGACCAUGGAUGUCAUGCGCAAACAGGGGUCCAGAGUUGAGCUCUCUGCUAAAAACCUCAUGGUAAUGGACCAGAUGCCGCCGUCAGCACCAAGACUCUUCAAGCUAUGUUUGCCACCCUCAGAUGGAGAACUCUAGGAAAAACAAAACAAAACAUCCAACUCAGCGAGAACUCGCAAAUGCGGGCAAGGAAGACAUGAAACAAUCAAAUGUUUCGCCAUUUUUUCCAUCAAAAGCACAGCGCUUAUGGACAGAACCUCUUCCCGACAGCGCCUUUGUUGCCAUGGAUUCCAACACCAAUCUAAUCAUAAACGCUCAAUAACGUCUGGCUUCACCUUUCGAAACCAAUGCAACCUGAAGUUGAUCAUCCAAGUCCCUAUCGGGAAGCAGCCCAAUAUCCGCUUGCGCUGCCGCCACAGACCUCACAAUAACCGGAUUAACCAAACUAGCAGUAACUUCCACCCGAAAACUCAAAGAUUGUCCUUUUUUUUUCCCUCAGACUGCAACUCCGGAGGACGGUCUGCGUUGUUAUUAAGACUGAUGUUCCGCAGGGCUCAGUGUUUGUCGAGGGGGGAGAAACAGAAAGUCAUGGCAAAGUGAUGGAAGGUCUGGAUUUUAGGGGUGGAUCCAACCCAGUGCAUGUGGUUCCUGUGCAAUUACUGUAGGCUUAGUGUGAGUACUGUAUUGCCGCACUAUAUGAAGGAUAGUUAUUUAUUGUGUCUGAAAGCAGCUUUUUUUAAAAUCCCUUAUACCACACCAGGUUUUAAAGAAUCUACUAGCAUUCCAGCUGGCAUAUUGAACAGUAUUUAAAGGACCAAUGACCUGCCAUCAGUGCUUGUUUCUUAUGAUCUAUUUAUAUAAGCUUUUGUCCAGGAGGUCUUUCAUUCAUAUUCAGGAGGUACAAAAGGAGGGAGAUGGGGGGGGGGGGGGGGGAUUACCAGAAUCGCAACAAACAAAACAAAAGAAAACCACGAAACAUUUUGUCCAGUCAACGGACAACAAUAUUUAAUCGUUGGUAAAUUAUUAAUAUAUUCAUUAAAAUGUACUACCUGAAGGAUUACCUUCUGAUAUUGAUGUUUAUUUUAACAUGUUUAAGUGGUCAUAAGACUAGGUAUUAAAAUAGACUCAAUUGAGGGCAUGUGACAGUGUUAGCAACAACAACAAAAAAAGUACUGUAAAGAGUUGUUAGGUGGCGCUCAAGAAAGGGAUCUUCGUAACAUUUCUUUGUACAUACAAGCUGUAGCCGUGACAAGGAGCAAUUGUUAGCUUAUGUCUUAAAGCAGAUAAACAAUGUCAUUUAUUGAAUUGGGUAUUUUUUACGUCAAAUGUAGUACGUCAAAGGUGUGCUUUUUAAAAAACAAAAACAAAAACGAAUGGACGCUUUGUCAGUGUAACCUCAUUGAUCAGUGUUUUUUUCUGGCUAUGACAAAGGUUUGAAAUGCAUUUCAGCAAUCUCGACACGCUGCGUUCAUUAGACCGCUGGCUUCUUCUACUGACUAUUUAUUCAAAAGAAAUCAGGACCCAAACCACAUCCAAUUCGGUCUUAAGGCGAGGUCCUUCAUCGCUGCGUCAGCUCAACUUCCAUGUAUGCGUCGUUGGUUUCGAUUUGCUAAUGACUGCAGCAUGUUGAAUAAACAAAAGCAUGUCGUCGGUGACGCAGUGUCUUGACAUUAUUCUAAUGUUUCUUACUGUGUAUAUACAAUAUUUGCAAUUUUAUCUCGCUGGAAAAUAACUGUACAAAGAAUCUUUUGUUUCUAAAAUGAUCACUGUAAAUGCAAUCUUAACAAGCUAGUAAAUAAAAAUGUUCCAAGUA